AUGACAGUUUGUAAAGAAACACAUCAGAAACUGCCAGAACAACCAAAACAAACAGAACACAUGCUACAAAAUAGUUAUGUAGAAUAUGAUAACAACAAAACACAAGAAGAAAUCAUAACAGAAUUUAGUACAGAAAAUUCUUAUACUAAGAAACUUAGUCUAGGAAUAAAUCUUGAUAAUGAGAAAGCAGAGCAACCAAAAGCAAAAAUUAAAGCUAAUAGUAGCUUCCCAAAUAAUGAAGAAAUAGAACAACCAAGAACAGAAACUGAAAUAAAUAAUAAUGUGAAAAGCACUUAA